AUGGCGACACCAAUGCCAACUACCGGAAAACUUCAAUCAAAUCCAGGAGAAAAAUCAGUAGAUCAAAAAUUAUAUAGAUCUAUGAUAGGAAGCUUGUUUUACUUGACUGCAACAAGACCAGACAUUGCCUUUAGUGUAAGAUGUUGUGCAAGAUUUCAAGCAGAUCCCAGAGAACCACAUCUAAAAGCUGUAAAACGAAUCAUUCGAUACAUUAAUGGUACCCUGGAUUAUGGUUUAUUAUAUUCUAUGGAUACAAACAACAAUCUCGUUGCCUACUCAGAUGCUGAUUGGGCAGGAUGUGUAGAAGACCGAAAAAGCACCUCUGGCGGAUGCUUCUAUGCUGGGAAAAAUCUUGUAGCCUGGCACAGCAAGAAACAAAACUCACAGUCCUUGUCGACAUGUGAAGCAUAA